CUGAUAUCUUUUUAAUGUAUUCCAGCUUGUCAUCAGUAGGUUACUCCUUGGUUCUAUAAUCCUCCCCCUGCAGGCUCCGCUGCCUCAUAUCAACAGGGCCAGGAGACGCGUCCUGUUCUCACGGUGCGCCGGAGCAUCCUAGCCACCCGCUGAAACACUCUUGUGGGGCAUCGCGUGGAGGCGGGGACGGUCGUCCAUCCGUCCAUUCACCGUCGUCCUCCGUCGCCUGGACGUCCUCCGAACGGAGGCGCGCAAGACAGGGGAAAAGAGAGAGAGAAAGGGGAGGGAGAAACGAACCCGUCUGCUCGUUUUAUUCCCCGGUGUGGAUGUACGGAGACAGAGCGGGGAAGAGGAGCCAUUCAGGGACCAAUUUUACCGCAUCCUACCCAGUUGCUGAUCUGAACCUCUGGUCCUCACCUCUGACCAGAGUGCACAACCCAGUCUAAAGUGAAGAGCAACAUGACCCAGGAGGGGCAGGCUUUGCUGUCUCCCACCCCACCAGAGAACCCAGCAGAGCCAAUUACCAACAGCAGCGACCUGCCCACGGAGGCUCAGAACCAGGCAGAGCAAGACAAACCUGGUUCUGAAGACUUAGAAGAAGGAAAACAAGAAGACAACAUCAGCAAGGAAGUAGAGGAAACACGGGGGGAGGCACACUGUAAUGUUGAAGGCAGGGCAGAAAUAAAGAAAGAGGGAGGAGAGGGUAUUCACCAUCACCAGACAGACAAGGAGGAGGAGGAGAGGGAUGCGGCAAAUGGGAAUGGAUGCAGAAAUCAUAAGGUGAGAUCAACGGAGGAGGAGGAAACACAUGCUGCAGAUGAGAUGAAAGAGGAAGAGGAGGGUAACGAGAAUGAAGAGAUGCAACCACAAACAGAGGAGGAAGCAGCUCAGCCCCAGCAAGCUGGACGAUUAACCAAUGGCAUGAAUGAGCAUCCAGAAGAUGAGGAAGGUGGCAAAGAGGACCAUGAAGGAGCCGAGGGCGGGACACACUUAGACACUUUUAGCUCUGACUUUGAAACCACUGUGGAACAGGCUGACACAGAAGUGGAGGAGGAGGAGGAAGACGUGCCAAAAGAAGAAGGUGGGAGAGGAAACCAGGACAGUUUCAGCUCAGCGUUUGAGCAGAUUGUUGAGCAGGUGCAAGAGGAAGAAGAAGAGGAAGAGGAGAGGGAGUUGAAGAAAGAGACAGGCAAACGUCAAGUGGACAACAAAGAUGGUUUCAGCUCCACGUUUGAGCGUAUUGUGGAGUCUGCCCUGCUGAGGGGCGGGACCUGUUACAGCAGCCUAGACUCUCUGGAUGUGCUGUCGCUUACAGAUGAGACUGACAGCUGUGUUAGCUUUGAAGCGCCACUGACACCACUCAUCCAACAGAGGGCUCUCUUACAGGGCCCAGAGCCUCUGGAGCUAGAGCUGGAAACUGUUCAGGAACAGGAAGGGGCUGAGGCUGGACCAGAUGCCCCAGGUAGUGAGCUCAGGGCUGGAUCUGUGGCUGGAGUAAGCGGAAGCCCUCUGAGAACCACUAUACCAGGGAGCCGGUCAGAGUUUGUUCUGAGUCAACCUGGACGCUGGGCCAUCCCGAAUGGAUACCAUACUGAUUCCCAGGGAGCCAUGCAGAAUUCUGUCAGCGAUGCCAACCUCACAGACGUGCUGUCUGACUCAGACGAGUGCGAUUUGGGCAGUCUGGAGCAUUUGGAGCGCGGUAGUACAGACACUUUGGCCAAUGGCUGCCGAGCUGACUAUGAAGCUGCCAAAAGGCUCGCCAAGCGCCUUUAUCACCUCGAGGGCUUCAAGCGCUGUGAUGUGGCCAGACACCUGGGCAAGAAUAAUGACUUCAGUCAGUUGGUGGCGUCAGAGUACCUGAGCUUCUUUGACUUCUCCGGCUUGUCUCUGGAUCGGGCUCUAAGGAACUUUUUAAAAGCCUUCCCACUGAUGGGGGAGACGCAGGAAAGAGAGCGAGUCCUUGUGCACUUCUCCAAACGCUUCUGCCACUGCAAUCAACAAACAAUCACGUCUGAAGAUGGAGCUCAUACCCUAACCUGUGCCCUCAUGCUGCUCAACACAGAUCUACAUGGACAUAACAUUGGGAAGAAGAUGUCUUGCCAGCAGUUCAUUAGUAACCUAGAUGGCCUCAACAAUGGCAAAGACUUUCCCAAAGACUUACUGAAGGUCUUAUAUAACUCUAUCAAGAAUGAGAAGCUUGAGUGGGCUGUUGAAGAAGAAGAGCUAAGGAAGAGCCUGUCAGAGCUGGUGGAGGAGCAGUGUGAGGGCGGGAGUAAACGUGUUGCCAGGGUAACGGACAGCAAUAACCCUUUCAUCGCCAUCCCCAUCCUCCUCAACGCCGUAACCUACAAACAUGGAGUGCUGACUCGCAAAAGCCACGCUGAUAUGGAUGGCAAAAGGACCCCAAGGGGUCGUCGUGGUUGGAAGAAGUUCUAUGCGGUUCUGAAGGGGAUGAUCCUAUAUCUUCAGAAGGAUGAAUAUAAGCCAGAUGCAGACAUUUCUGAGGUGGAUCUGAAGAACGCUGUGCGGAUCCACCACGCUUUAGCCACUCGUGCCACUGAUUACAGCAAGAGAGCCAACGUACUCAAGCUCAAAACCUCAGACUGGAGAGUUUUCCUGCUACAGGCCCCAAGCGAGGAGGAGAUGAUGUCGUGGAUCUUCCGGAUAAAUCUUGUGGCAGCACUCUUCUCUGCUCCAGCCUUCCCUGCUGCUAUUGGCUCCAUGAAGAAAUUCUGUCGUCCCAUUUUGCCGUCCUCAUCCACAAGACUUAAUCAGGAGGAGCAGCUGCUGAGUCACGAGAGCAAGCUGAAGCAGAUGAGCCUUGAGCUGGAAGAGCACAGGAAAAACCCGCCCUCAUCUGACCCCAAAAGCCGCGAGUGGGAGGAGUAUCGGCUGAAAGAGCACUACCUCACAUACGAGAAGACUCGCUAUGAGACGUACAUCAGCCUCCUUCAGGCCAAAAUCUGCACUGAGACGGACGAUCUGGAGAAGAUUGAGGCCAGCGUGGUGGGUGGCCUGAUGAUGGAGGGUACCCUGGCGGGCCGCGAUUACCACCUUCGCAAGACACAGUCCUCGCCGUCCAUCAGCCAAGCUCACAGUGGCUUAAACGGGAGGGGCGCUGGAUGCUCUGCCCCGGGACAGAUGAGCUGAGGGGGGAUCACAGAGACCACAGCCCUCAAAAUAAGAUCCCUCAAAGCCAAAUCCAGUGUCAUCGGGUUCUCAGUUUGUCCGAAUGGGAAUCCUUCGUAGAAUUUAUCAACCCUGGUGAUAAGUUUCCUUAAGCAAUAGAUGAAGAACACCCGCCAUGAUAGAUCCCCCCCUCCCCGCCCUCUUCAACC